AUGAGAGCGAAGAUUUCUGAUUUUGGUUGUAUAAAGCUCGUACUCGAGGGAGUCGACUCAGUUGAGACAUUAACAAUGGUGGGAACCUUCAACUAUAUAUUGAUCCAUAUUAUGUUGGUAAGUUUUAAGAGUGUCAAAAAAAGCAGAUGUAUAUGCUUUCGGGGUGAUUCUAAUGGAGUUGAUCACAUGAAGAAAGUGAAUGAUGAGACUUUGAGUGUUGAGGAACAAAAUCUGGUCAUGUGGUUAUGUCCGAAGAUUAAAGAUUCAACAUUCUUGAACUUGGUUGAUGGCACCAUAGCAACAGACGAAGAAACCAUUAAAAGCAUUAAGAAGAUUGCGAAAUUGGCUGAAUAUUGCACUUCUCAAGAAGUUGAAAGUAGACCAUUGAGAGCAUCAAGAACAUAA